AUGCUGCCAGAAAGUUCCUGCAGUGAUCCGUCAAGACAUCAGCAUUCGAACGAGGCCAAAUACAACUUGAAAGAUCCGCAGCAGUUGGCCGCGUUCCUGAAAUAUGCAGACAUCCUCCUCGUUCGAUUGAAGUACUUGUACGAGCUACGGGGCAAGAACAAGCUUCUUCCCCGACGGCAAGAAGCGGAAAAAUGGGGCCUCGUGAGCCACGAAGAGGUGAGCGAGUGGGCUGCGGGAGCGCGGGAUGCGAUGUUGAUCUCGAUCUCGCAUGCCUGGGAGACCCGGGAGCACCCGGAUCCUUGUGGCGACCAGUUGAACCGGCUGGUCGACUGCCUGUGUCUCUACGAUGCUGCAUUUGAAUCGGAAAUCUGGGUGUUCUACGAUUACGUCUCUCUCUUUCAGUUCGAGCGGCAGACAUCUGCGGAAGAGGAGAGCUUCCGACGGUCCAUGAGCCACAUGCACGUGCUUUAUGCGCACGCCUGCAACUGGACUUUUCGACUGGAAGCUCUCACUCCAGACGAUGUCUGGGACGCCACGCUGCAGAACUCGGAGCAUCUCGUGAUGGUCUAUGAUGUUGAGAGCGGAUCCGUCCAAGGCCGCCCCCUUGGGGAGCUUGUGCCCAACCGCGUCCCGUAUCGAAGUAGAGGUUGGUGUAAGGCAGAAGUUGAGUGGUCCUCUUGCAGGAGCAUCUCCGAACAAAACCAGCGGAUCGACACUGCUGAGCCCGGAGACUCCGAAAGACAGGGUUUGCGGGGCAAAGUUCCAAUGGCUCCAGAGGUUUUCGAAGAAGAAAUGAGGAAGGCCGAAUUCACGCAUCGGAACGAUGCCGCAGCAGUACUACAGCUGCAGUGGGAGAUUUACCAUGAGGAAGUCUCGGAGUGCGAAAAGGCACUGCUGGCAAACUUGCCGAAAGGCGAGUUGGGUCAGCUGGCCAACGCCCUGAAGGACUACAAGAAGUUGAAGGUUCUGAGCCUGCAGAAUUUUGAGGUGGAGGAUGAGGAGGCCGAGCAGUUUGCGAAGGCCCUCGCCGUGAACGAGACCAUCACAUAUCUGGGGAUCAACAGUGCCAGACACUCCUAUCGCACAGGUGCCCUCUGGAAGGUCCUGGCAGAUGCUUUGACGAUCAACCACACCAUCGCCAGCAUCAACCUCGGUUGGAAUCAUCUCGGAGAUGAGGGCUGCAAGGCCCUCGCGGAUACUCUGAGGACCAACGCAACUAUCACAAGCUGCAACCUGGAAUGGAAUGGCAUUGGAGACAAGGGCUGCGAGGCCCUCGCAGAUGCUGUGAAGACAAACACUACGAUCACGAGCAUCAACCUCCGAUUCAACUUCCUCAGUCGCUUCGGAGACAAGGGCUGCGAGGCUUUCGCAGAUGCUCUGAAGACCAACACUGCCAUCACCAGCAUCGACCUCCGCCGCAACCAGAUCGGACCCUUUGGCGGCAAGGCGCUGGCAGAUGCCUUGAAGAUCAAUCGGACCAUCGCCAGCAUCAACCUCGAAGAGAACUAUGGUAUCGGACACGAAAGCCUCCAGGAGAUCGAAGAGACCCUGAAGACCCGGAAGGCCGCCACGGACUCCGAAGAUACAGCGACGGGCUCUGCAGACGCGCCGAUGUCCCAUGCUUGGACGGGAAAACAAUGCAAGGGCAUGGAGGGCCUCGCCUCGUGGCUGGUGGACGUCAACAGCAAUUUAACCACCCUGCAGUGCUCGUCACUGAGCUCUUGGGAGGUGCUCGCGGAGGCUUUGAAGAUCAACCGCAAGAUCACCACCAUCGAUCUCAAAGGGAUAGACAUGGGGGAUCAGGGUGCCAAGGCAAUCGCAGGUGCUUUGACGGUCAAUUGCACCGUCACCAGCAUUCUCCUCCAUUGGAACCAGAUUGGAGACGAGGGUGCCAAGGCUAUCGCUGAGAUGUUGAUGGUCAAUCGGACUGUCGCCCGGGUAGCCCUCUGCAGCAAUAAUAUUGGAAACGAGGGUGGCAAGGCCAUUGCCAAAGCCUUGUCGAAGAACGACACUGUCAUUUGCAUGGACCUCGAGGGAAAUCCUGUCCAUCCCCACACUUUCCCCUUGUCCGUCAGAAAAAGGGUGAAGUGUGAUGGCCGGUAUUGCGCCGCUUGCCUCUUGAUGUGA